GUUUUCUUGAAAGAAAGCAUAAAGUUGCUGAAACAUAUUCAAGAAAGAAUUUGCCUCAAAAAACGCAUAAGCACUUGUAUAGCUUUGGCUAAUAUCCUAAACUAAAGCUAUCUGAAAGGGGGUUUUUUUGAGUGGCAUGAAAAAUGAAGAGUAGUAUGAUUAAAAUGGAUUUCCCUUACACAAGCGAUAUGAAAGGUGAAUAUUUCAUUCAUUUUAAACGAAGUCAUCCUGUUGUCAUUAGAAAUCUCAGAGGUUCAGCCUAGUGGAAGGAUUUAAAGGCAGCACUUCAACAAUAAUCAGAUUAGAAGGACUUGCAUAGCUCCAUGGUCUAAAAAAUGAGAUAAAAGAAACCAGAGUUCAAACUUGCCGCAAAGAAAGGCAGUGAGUUGUGUGGUGCAGAAUCAACCCACAGCUCUGAGCCUUUGGUUUUGACAAUCACCUGAAUUAGGGAUGCCUGCAGACUUCAAUGGCUACUGGAAAAUGAUCAGCAAUGACAAUUUUGAGGAGUAUCUGAAAGCACUGGAUGUAAAUGUUGCUGUAAGAAAAAUAGCGAACUUGCUAAAGCCUGACAAAGAAAUCCUUCAGAACGGGGAUCAUGUGAUCAUUAAAACGCUAAGCACUUUUAGAAACUACAUCAUGGAAUUUGAUGUAGGGAAGGAGUUUGAGGAGGAUUUAUCUGGGGUGGAUGAUCGCAAGUGCAUGACUACCGUGUCUUGGGAUGGAGAUAAGCUGCUUUGUGUACAGAAUGGAGAGAAAGAAGGCCGUGGUUGGACCCAGUGGAUUGAAGGAGAUGAAAUGCACCUGGAAAUAAGAGUGUGUGGAGUCACAUGUAAGCAGGUCUUUAAGAAGGUACAGUGAGCCUACUGCUGCUACAGGAGAGAAGAACAAUAGAAUUUACAGACUUGACACCAACUCUCCAAAUGCUAGUACUGAACAUCAUCAGUGACAAGAGCAAACACAGAAAUGAAGACCACAUUAGAGCUGUAUAGUUAGAAUAAAAUAUUUUUAGGAAAUAACUUUGAAAAAAAAUGACUGCAAAUAAAACUAUUUUUAGAAAUGCCAA